AUGUGUUAUUUUGCUGGUCAUGAUGGUCAUGAUCAGAAUGUGAAGAAUGAGGAGAAUGGUCAUGAUGUGGAGGAUGAGAAUGGUCAUGGUGGGGAGGAUGAGAAUGGUCAUGAGGAGGAUGAGAAUGGUUAUGGUGUGGAGAGUGCGGAGAAUGUGGAGAAUGCGGAGAAUGGUCAUGGUGGGGAGAGUGUGGAGAAUGAGGUGAAUGCGGAGAAUGAGGUGAAUGGUCAUGAUGGGGAGAAUGGUCAUGGUGAGGAUGGUCUUUGGUCUGAGGCAUGCCACUCUGCGGGCCAAAGGAUUGAGGCAUGCCUCUGA